UGAAAUUUUGCGUACUAAGGAAAUCAAAAGGAAGGAGAACCCCCAGACCUUUCAAGCUGCGAAGCUCCCUCCAUCUAUCUUCCUCUCCCUCUCCACAUCAUGACCCAGGAAGGAGGAGGAGGAGGAGGAGGAGCAGGAGCAGGAAGGAAUUCGACGUCUGCUGCCUAUUUUCGAUGACGGAAAUCAGAGAUUGAUCUGGAUAAGUGCAAGUAUGUCUUCGAGCAAGAGAUCUAGGUUUGUGAACAAGAGAUUUUCAAAAGUCAAUGAGGAGCCACAUGAGAGAGAUGAAGAUGGAACCAAUAAGAACAAACUACGGAAACGGAAGUUGUCUGACAUGUUGGGCCCUCAAUGGAGUAAGGAGGAGCUUGAACACUUCUAUGAAGCCUAUCGCAAGUAUGGGAAAGAUUGGAAAAAGGUUGCUGGUGUAAUCCGUAAUAGAUCAGCAGAUAUGGUGCAUGCUCUCUAUAACAUGAACAAGGCCUACCUAUCUCUUCCAGAGGGAAUUGCAUCUGUGGCUGGACUUAUUGCAAUGAUGACUGAUCAUUACCAUAUUCUGGAAGGAAGCGAUAGUGAUCAUGAAAGCAAUGAUGGAUAUGGGACACCAAAGAAGCCUCAAAAACGUGCUCGGAGGAAAUUUCAGUUAAAUUCUUCCAAACAUGUGGACAAAAAUCCUCCUGAUUUAUUACAACACCAGUCCAUUGCCUCGAGCUAUGGGUGUGCUGCUUUGCUGAAGAAGAGGCGCACUGGAGGUAGCCGCCCUCGUAUUGUGGGAAAGAGGACCCCCAGGGUUCCUGUUAUGGAUGAUGGAAAAAGGUUUGGAGCAUUGAACAAACAAAACUUAAGUUCAGAAGGGGAUCCUGAUGAUGAAGUGGCGCAGGCAGUGGCCCUUACAUUAGCGGAAGCAUCACAAAGAGGGGGUUCACCCCAGGUUUCUCAAACACCAAGCAGGAGAACAGAUCAAACUCGAUCAUCACCUGCCCAGAAUGGUGAAAAGAAGGUAAUGUAUUUUGGAAUGGACGAAGGCUUAGAGGGUAGCUUAGGGAGCAGGGAAGCUGAGAAUAUAGAGAGUGUGAAGCUGGCAAGCCAUAGAGCUCUUCAGGACACAGGAAGUACUGGUGUUUCACAGGCACAGCACAAGAUGAAGAUCCAAGGGAGAAAAACAAAAUUUCAAGCACCUGAUACUAGACUGUAUGAUGAUGUGAGGGAAGAAUGUAGCUGUACUGAAGACGGUCUAAGCCUGAAGGGUGACAAAGAUGAUCAUGAGGCUGAAGUUGCAGAUAGGAGAAGUGGGAAGUCAUCCCCAAAGAAAAGAAGCGGACAAAAGUUUACUAAAGAUGAAAAUUAUGCGCUUGUUGCCCUUCAGACAUUGGCAGAUUUGUCCUUGAAUUGCAUGUUUCCAUCAGUUAUGGAAUCUGAAUCGUCAGUGCAAGUGAAAGAAGAAAAGGGAAAUGUUGAUGUUGUUGACAAGCCUAAUACACAAGAAGCUGCUUCUUUGGGCUUUCAAAAAGAUCGAUCUAGAAGCUCAUCCAAUAAGAAGGGAAAUUCCUCAACACAUGGUGCUGCAGGCGUUUCACCACGGAAUGUUAAAUCCGUGAAACCUUCAUCUCCAAGUGUUGAUCCAACUGUCUCAACAAAGCGAUCUGAUAAAACUAGCAGCAUCUCGAAAGCAAAACGCAAAUCAUUAGCUGGAAAACCUGCUGAAUCUCUUCUUGGUGCUCAAGUUACUGAAUCUCAGAAAGCAGAGAAUCAAGAAGGCAGAAGGUCUACUAGUAAAGCUAAGCGGGUAAACCAAGGUACCCCAUCGGCUAAGCAAGGGAAGCCUGUAAAGACACUUGAGCGAACUUCCUCCAAUACUGAUUUGGGAAGAACUGCAACAGAUAUAGGUGAAUCAGCUGAACAAGUUUGCAUUGUUAACCAAGUUGGCCCACCAACCAAGCACAGGAGUAGGCGUAAGACGGAUCUUCAGAGAACUGCAGUUUCAAAGGAGAUAUGGCCUUGUGAUAAUGUUGGAAGCACAGCUCCUGCUGACCAUGUCUUGGCUGGCAGCAAGUCCGAUAAAAGUUCUCGUUUGGCAUUUGAUAGAGUGGCUGAUUUGAAGGACAAACUUGAUCACUGCCUUUCAUCUCCAAAACUUCGUAGGUGGUGUAUGUUUGAAUGGUUUUAUAGUGCAAUAGAUUAUCCAUGGUUUGCUCGAAGUGAAUUUGUGGAGUACUUGAACCAUGUGGGCCUUGGUCAUGUCCCAAGGUUAACUCGUGUUGAAUGGGGCGUCAUAAGGAGUUCCCUUGGUAAGCCUCGUCGGUUGUCUCAACAAUUUCUGCAAGAAGAACGGGAUAAAUUGGAACAGUACCGGGAGUCUGUCAGGAAGCACUAUGCUGAAGUGAGAACUGGUGUUCGUGAAGUGGCAACGGAUUUGGCUAGACCUCUAACGGUUGGUCAGCGUGUUAUUGCUUGUCAUCCCAGGACACGGGAGAUUCAUGAUGGGAGCAUACUAACUGUUGAUAGGAAUAGAUGCAGAGUUCAAUUUGACAGGCAUGACUUAGGAGUCGAGAUUGUUCUGGAUAUUGAUUGCAUGCCCCUAAAUCCACUGGAUAAUAUGUCUGAAGCCCUUAGAAGAAAGAAUGUGGCUGUAGAUGGUUUCAAAGAGGAACUUCAUGAGCAUAAAGCAAACGUUAUGGCAAAAGAAUGGAAGACAGCAGGACCCACAAAGUUUUCUGGAAGUGAAAGUUUAGAGCCUGUCGAUGGCCCUGGCCAUGCUGCUGAUCCAAACCAUUCCAUGGAUACAUUGUUAAAGCAAGCAAAGGCAGACAGUAUUGAUGCUAUUAUGCAGGCAAAAGCUGCUGCAAAUGAAGUGUCUUUUGCUGCUCAGCAAGCAAUGUACAGUCAACCUUGCACUCUGGCACAGAUCCAAGCAACAGAAGCUGAUAUAAGGGCACUUACCGAUCUAACACGUGCUCUUGAUAAAAAGGAAGCGUUGUUGAUAGAGCUGAAGCACAUGAAUGAGGAAGUUAGUGGAAACCAGAGAAAUGAGUCCAUCAGGGAUUCUGAGCAUUUCAGAAAGCAGUAUGCCAUGGUGCUUUUACAAUUAAAGGAUGCAAAUGAGCAAGUAGCAGCUGCACUUCGUUACUUGAGGCAACGAAACACUUAUAAGGAUAGCUCAAACAUUUGGGUGAAGCCUAUGAGCAACACAGGAGUGGUGCCUAGUUCAUUGGGGUCUGAUCAACCUGCUUUUCAUUCACAAGAUUCUGGACCUCAUGUGUCGGAAAUCAUUGAUAGUGCUAGAAGGAAGGCAAGGAUGAUGGUGGAUGCUGCCAUGCAGGCAAUGUCUUCCGUCAAGGAUGGAGAAGACGCUUUCAGCCGAGUUGGUGAAGCACUGGAGUUGGUCAACAGUAACCAUUCAGGGCAUGAAUCUGGUGUGGCGGCAGCAAGGUCUUCCUAUCUUGUAGCAGAUAAUCUCCAAUGUAAUUCUGCUCAUCGUGAUCAGACUCCAAUUGCAUUGGUCACACCGGCAUCAAAUACAACAGAUUCAGCAAGAAGCAAUUCUUCUGAUGGUAGUGAAAGUCAACUACUCUCAGAGCUUGUCUCAUCUUGUGUUGCUUCUCUUCUGAUGAUCCAGACAUGUACAGAAAGACAGUAUCCACCGGCAGAAGUCGCCCAGAUACUUGAUACAGCCGUGACAAGCUUACAACCAUGUUGCUCAGAGAACCUUGUUACUUACAGAGAGAUUCAGCAGUGCAUGGGCAUGGUUAAGAACCAGAUAUUGGCACUCAUACCAACCCAGCAUUCAGUUCCUCUUCCUACGGAGCUGUCAACUAUGUAAAUAAGUUCAUGUUGAUUUGUCUCCGUAUGCAUCUUUCUGAUUGACUGGUUCUUGCGGUGCUUAGAAUAUCUAUUUUGACUAUUCGAUCGAGUAAUGAAUAAAGCUGUAUGAUUUUCUUCAAAA